AUGAGUGCGCGGAAGUUGCAACAUGAGUAUGAGAGGCUAAACAAAAAAAUCAGUGAAGGUUUGGCAGCCUUUGAAGAGAUUAAGGACAAGAUUCAUCAGACCCAGAUAGCGUCCCAGAAGGAAAAGUUUGAAAACGACUUGAAGAAGGAAUUGAAGAAAUUGCAGAGAUGUAGAGACCAAUUAAAGUUGUGGUUGGCCGAUAGCAGCGUCAAGCUAGAUAAGAAUAACCUCCAAGAGAACCGGACCAAGAUCGAACAGGCGAUGGACGAUUUCAAAGAGCUAGAACGAAAUUCAAAGAUCAAGCAGUUUUCGAACGAAGGGUUGGAGAUGCAGCAGAAGAAAGCGCAGCUUCUGUCCAAGUUUGGAGAUCCCGAAAAAGUUCAAGAAGCGUGUGAUUAUAUAUCUGGCAUCAUUCAGCAGUUGAACGACCAGAACGACGAAUUGGACCGAGAAAUGGAAUCUCUAUCGCAGCAGCUGAAAAAAAAGGGCAGCCAUUCGGUGCUGUCCUCGAUAGAAGAAGUCAAGUACAAGAUUGAUCGAAAUAACACCCACAUUGAGCGGUUAGAGUCGGUGGUGGAGGAUUUAGAGAGUGAUAAAUUGGAUCCAGCGAAAAUCGACAACAUCAAGGAUGAUCUUGACUAUUACGUUGAAAUGAACCAAGACGAAGAUUACGUGGAGUACGAUGAGUUUUACGACCAAUUGGAAGUGGCAGAUGACGAAGACGAAGAUGUUGAGAUUGAAGGAAGUUUGGCACAAAUGGCAGCAGAAUCUUUUGAAGAAGAAGAGAGAAAGAGGUUGGAAUUGCAGCAGUUGGGCCAGCAGCAGAGCGAGCAGACAAGAGCUACACAAACGGCAUCUUCUUCAUCUGCCUCGGCUACAAACUCUGCGCUCACUCAGCAGGCACCGCACCACAAGCCUUUUGCAAUUUCAAAUGAGUCUCAUGUUCAACCCCUUUCAAGCAUGGCAAAUAAUAACAACACCAUUGGUAAUGUCAACACCACUACCACCACCACCACCAACAACAACAACGCCAACAACAACACCAACAACAGCACCGCCAGCAGCAGCACCGCACAGGCACCGACUAGGAAAGCAAAAGGAAUGAAUGUUGCACCUGCGCCUGCACCACCACCAAUCAUAAGCGGCAACUCGUACUCAAAUGUUAUCAAGGCUGCUCAGGCUGCCAGCUCGUCGAGCAACAACAACAACAAUAUCAACAACAACAUCACAAGCACCAGCAACAAUGCCAACAACAACGUCAUUCCGACGGCGGCAAGUUCAGGCGUUGCAAAUACCGGCGACAGCAAAAGAGGAACACCCCUUGUUAAUAAUAAUGUACCAUUAGCAACCGCAUUAGCGACAGCAUCGACAGCAGUGUCAACACCAGCUAAAUUGCCACCUCCAGGCUUGAGCCAUGUAUCGAAUGCCGCUUCAAAGUCUCAGUCUGUUUCUCCAAUAACAAGCCAGGCUAAAGUCUACGACGAAGAGCCUUUGAACAAGAUGAUUUCGAACGUGUCACAACUGUCGGUUCAAACAAAUAUUGAGUCCUCGGCAAUGUUUGGAGUUGCAUUGCUGAAAUUGGGCAAUAUAGCGAGUAGCAGGUUGAACGAUCCACUUCCUAUACAAUCUAUAAGCAGCAUGCUCGAACAGUCACUACUCAACUGUCCCGAUUCGUUUGAUGCUGAGAAACCAAGACAAUACAUUCCUCAAAAUGUCCACCCUUCUAUGAUUGAUUACCCACAGGAGCCAAUGUUUGAAUUGAACAGUUUGCAUUUUAUGCAAAAGUUCGACGAUGAUUUAUUAUUCUAUUGCUUCUACUACGGAGAAGACGACGGAAUGAAUAAUUUCGCCAAAUGGAAUGCAGCCAAGGAGUUGAACAAGAGAGGAUGGAUGUUCAACACCGAACUUAGUCAAUGGGUCCUGAGGGCUAAAAUUUUCAGUUCCAUCAAGAGCAGAUCAACGUCGAUUGUCCCAAACUUGGGAGCUGAGGCACAAGAAUAUAACAACGGCUCGGUCAACUCAACCAACAAUAUCACCAAUACAAACGGUCCCGAGGAAUCAGAAAACGGUGAAGUUUUCAACCAGUAUUUUGACGAAAAAACGUGGCUUAUUAGAAAUUCAUUCCUGAAGAAAGUAUGA